AUGAAGUUUGUCACAUUAAACACGGUUGCACAUUUCCGGACAAUUUUUGCAUCUUCAACUUCAAUUGUUUCGUCUGCUAGUUGCCUUACGUUGCUUGAACGACGAAAAUUCACCACGAGCGCAGGGACAACGAACGAAAGCUCUCCAUCUUCAACCACAGCAACAGCAACUACACCACCUUUUGUCAACACCGAUAACAAGUCCCCGUUGGAAUUGUAUGACUACCGAGUAGCGCAGGGCCGAUUGCGUGAUGAUCCAUACCAGCGCAAGAUCAUCACUUCGUUGUCUCAGUUGCACCAGCUCUUGUCGCAAUAUACCCCACCGCACGUGGCGAUCCCCACCGCGGCACCCUCACCGAGCAAAUUCAGCAUUGGUAAAGUAUUUUCGUCCUUCUUUGGCAAGAAUGGCGGCGCCAACGGCCACGACAAAACGGAAAUCGAUUUUGAGAGAGACUAUGAAAAUGUCGAUGGUGUCAAGGGCAUUUAUCUAUACGGCGAUGUAGGAUGCGGCAAGACGAUGUUGAUGGAUCUAUUCUAUCAAACGAUUCCGGGGCGCAUCCCCAAGAUGCGAGUGCAUUUCCAUCAGUUUAUGCAAAAAGUGCAUAAGCGGACGCAUCAGUUGAAAAUGAAAUACAAGAACAAAACGGGGCAUGAUGACGUUGAUGUUAUCCCUAUUCUCGCGGCUGAGAUUGCUAACCAGGCUACUGUAUUGUGCUUUGAUGAGUUCCAAGUCACCGAUGUUGCUGAUGCCAUGUUGUUGCGGAGAUUGUUGAUGAUGCUCUUGAGCCCGCAGUACGGCGUGGUUCUUUUCGCCACCAGUAAUCGAGCACCGGACGACUUGUACUUGAAUGGAAUCCAGCGAGUAAGUUUUAUUCCCUGUAUCCAGUUGAUUAAACACAAGUGUCGCGUGAUUUAUUUGAACUCGCCUACCGAUUAUCGAAAAAUCAGCAAGCCCACGAGCCCCGUUUACUAUUUCCCCAAGCCGGGAGUCAAGUGGGAUAGCAAGAUUAACCAGGCCAAUUGUCGCAAGCAUGUCGAAUCAUGGUACGAGUAUUUCAACGCUGACAAUGAAGAGCAAGGGAAUGUUGCAAAGUUGACUGAUUUCAGCUUGGAUGUAUGGGGUAGAAAACUCCACAUCCCCGUGUCUUCUCCACCAAACGUGGCCCAGUUUACAUUUUUCGAACUAUGUGGCACCCCCAUGGCCGCGGGCGAUUAUCUUACUCUCGCGGAACUGUUGCAAUCGUUCAUCAUUACCGAUAUCCCGUUCCUAUCCAUCAACGAGCGGAACCAGAUCCGGAGGUUCAUCACGUUUUUGGAUGCCGUUUACGACGCUCGGGGAAGAUUGGCUGUCACCGCCGCGGCGCCAUUCAAGGACUUGUUUGUUGAGCCUGAACAGUUAUCGAGUUCGGGAGACCAUUAUGAAUUGUUGUAUAAGCUGAAGCCGAAAACGGAAGAGAAACUCACCACGACAAAGAACAAGAAGAAGAAAAAAGAGGCCGUGGUGGAAGAAAGUGAUGAUGACGAGGACGACGAGUUGGUCACGAAGCACGGAUUCGAUAAGCUGAUUGCGAAAAAGGCCAGCUUGUUUGUUGCUAACGACGAGGAAAAAUUUGCCUUUGCUCGAGCAUUGAGUCGGUUGUCGCAGAUGAGCACUACUGAGUGGAUCGAUCAGAAUUAA